AGUCGGGCUGGAGUCGGGUCAGAAUCGGGUUGGGGUCAGCGUUUUUGCGGUGGAAACACCAAACCGGGUCAGAAUCGGAUUGGGGUUUGGUGUCUCCACCGCAAAAACGCUGACCCCAACCCGAUUCUGACCCGACUCCAGCCCGACUCUGACCCUCGGUGGAAACGUAGUCACUGUGACUGCACCGUUAUUCAUGCUCAAUGGAUAUUUGCACGUACACCACACUUCAAAUUUCGCGCGCUAUUACGUCACUACGUAUGCUCGGUCAGCCCUGUGUAGCGUCGGUUGGUAUCGAUACUACAGGCAAAAAUACGCGGUUCUGUAAAAUUUCAUGAAAAACGAAACGUAAUGACGUUGAAGCGUUAAUGCGAUUCAUAAGCAUCAUGCGUAAGUCGGAAAACAACGACAAUCGCACAAUACACGCCGCUUGAAAUGCCAAGGUCUCGUCGGCAUGAAUUGUUACUGUAGUAACGCCAAUUCGUGAGGUUAUGAUUACGACGAGGGACGCUCGUUGCCGAUGCGGCCCUAACUCCGCUGGGAUGGCUGUAAACAAGAUUUUAUACUUUGGUUUGGCGUUGGUACUGACGAAUCUGUACGUGGCCGCUAAUAACGGUGUCACCAGUGUCAAGUGUCAGUUUGGUAAGCCAAUGCGUAAACAGGUGUCAGCCGAGCCCCUGAAUGGCAUGUGCCUGCGAGAUAUCGCGUCCCACCUGUCCAAGACAUUGCAGUCCAUCGUCGACGAGGAGCUCGGCGCUUCUUCAUUUCAGAAGAUGAUUGACAAGAUGGAAUUCGUGAAUGCCUCCGGCAAUCUGGAUGCAAAAAUCAGUGCCUUAGUUGACAAAUUUGACAAUAAACUAAUGUCGUACAUUAACAUCUUCAAGCAAGUCUACAAAGUUAUAUACAAUAUACUGACGCGCAAUCCGCUCCCUGCCAUUUAUUCUAGUCAAAUAGUCGAUUACGAUAUGAUGGAGAUGAACAGAGUUUCGGACAUUUGUACUGAUAUCAUGAAAGAACUUGCGACGCAGUUAAGAGGUCAAGAGUGGAAGAACAUGCAUAUACUGCCAAUAAACGAACCGGAGGCAAUGUGUGGACCACCUACAGUGACUCACAAUAUCGGUUCUCUUCUGUUGUCCCAGUACUGCCCUGAAAAAAAUGUCGUUCUGCUUUUGGAACACGGCGUAUCCAUGUCUGAGCCAGAGCUAACUUUAAUUCAGAUAACGGCCAAAACCAUUGUAGAUAUGCUUUCUGAAAUGGACAAUGUUACUGUUGUGGGCCUUGCCAAUUCUACGCCUCUGCUUUGUAAAGAUAGUUUGUUGAGGGCAACUGAUAUUAAUAAGUUUCAACUAACCCGUUAUAUUGAUAGCUUAACUAGAACAGAUUCGAGUGAGGUGACAAAGAUUGAUUUCAGAAAAUUAACGCAAAAUCUAAGGGGUGAAGUGCUUAUUAUGCAUUUGACUAAUAAAGUACAAAAUAUAUCAAAUGUACAAAAAAUUUUUGAAAUAAUUUCGGGAAAGUUUAAGGCUUAUCUCAAAACUGUUAUUGUCACAGACCAGCAUCCGUCCACUGUUAUUAAAAAACUAAACAAUGACAGUAUCGUAAUUCUUCCAAUGCAAAAUGUUCUUGGAUAUGAGAUAGGAAAACUAUUUUCUUGUUUGCAAUGCCUUGAUCAACAGAAGAAAGAUUUUUAUGUCUCAGAUCCAUAUAUUGAGCCAUAUAGCAAGACAAUGAUGAUAUCUAUUGGCCAAGUCACAAAGACUGCAUUAUUAUCCUUGGAUAUAAAAUUACGCGAUUUUCUUGACGACAUAACAUAUUUUAAUGUUGGUCCGAACGUACAUGCUAUAUUCUUCGAUAGCAAAGGAGUGGUUUGGAUGCAUAAAAAUUUUCCUAGAAUUGAGACAAUAGUUGAGCAAUCGCUUAAGGUGCAUUUACAAGAUAUUGAGAACAUAGAUAGUCAAAUAGUGUUAAAAAUGAUAAAUGAGAGCAAAGGAAUUAUGGAUGUAUAUACAAAAUUGGGCAAGCAGAAGCGGUAUAGAUGGAAACAUUUAAUUUAUCAUGAUUUGAUAAUAUGUCUGGUAUCAACAACUGAGGAGAGAGUAUUGCCUAUCGCAAGAAUUGUGCCUCCUCUGCCAGCAAAUAUGUUACACCAUCGCCUCGAUCUUAUGCUUCAAACUAUCGUUGACAAAAACACACUCUGCAUUUACAGAAACAAGAUUGUAACUUUAUCAAUGGGUGUAAUUUAUCUAUCACCAUGGUGCUUUCAAUCUCCAAUAGAACAGUUGAAACAACUGGAAACAGGUUCAGCUAUAAAUGUACAAAGCUAUAUGGCAUACAUAAAAGACGUAACAGGUCUGUUGGCUAAUCCCGGUUUGCAUCCAUCUGUAAAACCAGAUGUAGCAAUGCUAGCACAAGUUUUAGAACAUUUCAAAAAGCAGCAUGUCGAGGGUUCCCUAAAUAAAUUUGUAAUAAGAAGAUACAUUACCAGUACGGUCAGUGGAGUAUUGGAAAUAUUUCCAGGGAUGAUAUUAGAUUCUAAUUUUGAUCCUAAAAGGCGAAUGUGGUAUGGGAAAGCACUGGAACAACUUGAUAAGAUAAUCUUAACUCCACCUUACUUGGAUGCAGGUGGAUCGGGUUAUGUGAUUACUCUAAGUAAAACUGUGAAAUAUUCUGUGGCGACUGGAAACGCAAAUUAUGCGAUUGCUAUCUUGUCUAUGGACGUUACAAUGGGUUAUGUUAUGAGAUUAUUGAUGGAAAUGUUUCCAUUCUGUUAUGAUACAACUGUAAAGUGUUUCCUAAUGGAUGAUAAAGGCUAUUUGGUAUCGCAUCCGAAGUUGUUGGAAGCGACAGAUAAGAUUGAACAGCAACAUUUAACGCACAAAGAACUCUUAGUGGCUAAUGAUAUAUUAAAUCACGGAUUGUUCGUGAAAAAGAAAUCUUGCGCCAAUUAUUUAGAUGGUACUGUGCAAAGGUACUAUCAGUUUAACACGUCGCUUGAUGAAGUACUCACUAAUAUAGCACACGGCGAGCACUGUGUUAGAUAUCAAGUAGCUGCUGUACCAGGUACCAAUGUAUUCCUUGGUGUUGUCAAUAUGACAACUCAAUGUAACUUACUUAGAGCUUUUUGUCCAUGCAGCACAAUGGAUCAUUCGUGCUUGAAUUGCAAAAGUAUGGAACAAACUGGUUGUGAAUGUCCUUGCGAAUGCUCCUUGUAUUCGUUCAGCUGUACACAGCAAAUUACGAACGAUCUGGAUUCCUGUCCGCCUACGUAUGAACAGGGAUCGAGUUUACAAACUCCGUGGAUAGAGUCAAUGAAUUUAAAACCGUGCCCAUCUAUCAAUUGCAAAUCAUAUACGACAAAGAAAGACUGUUUGGGUAUCGUGGAUUGUCAGUGGUGUCACGUCGACAAUGAUGGAGAGACUCCUUUGCAACAACCGUUUUGCUCUGACAUGUCCGUAUGUUUCAAGGGAAUUCUUGGAGCUCCGAUACCCUACAGCGAUGGCACUUACAAUUCACAAGCGACAGACGAAAUCUCAGUACGAGAGUGGCCGUCAGUUGGACCGGUAGCUGGUGGAAUUCUUGCACUAUUCUUGAUCGUAGGCGUCAUUCUGUUUUGCUACAGACUCCGAUCUGUGCACUCGAGUCUAGAGCAUCAAUGUUUGCAUCUCCACACCUCGCCUGAUACACUGAGAAUGACGCAUAUCGAGGGCGAUCCGGAACCGGCAGAAUUGGAUCAGACUAAGAAUAAUUUGGAUUGUCUCGUGAGAGACACUAUUGCACCUAUAUCACCGUACAGAGUUUCGACCAAUUACAGAAGACCACCCGGUGGGGACAGCGAUCAUGGAUAUAGCACAAUGACGCCUCACGAUGAUUCUGAACAACAGACAUUCGCUUCCGAACCGUUGUUAGCCAUCGACAAUAACGUCGAAUCAGAUUUAAUCAAACAAUCCGACAUCGGAAUGCCUUCCCUUAUGACAUAUUUGGGAUCGCCGCAUCACGUUUUGGCGCCUGUAACUGUCCAUCGCGAUAUGGAAACAAAUUACUGUUGAGUAUUAAAACAAUUCACUGCCAUUUAUUUAAAAAGGUAAGACAAAACGUAAUUUCCUCGAAACAUUAUUGUAAGAAAUCAUCACAGUUUUCUUCAUAAAAUAUACAAUAAUCUCAGCACAUAAGAAUUAUCUGGUAAGUUUAUCUAAUAUGUAACUAAGUUUUUUGUGAUUUUUGAUACGAAAGACAUUGUAUUAUUUUUCUACGAGACUGUUCAUAUUAUUUUUAUUAUUAUCGAGAGACGAAAAGCACGAAUUCUUUAUUAUGCUUGAAAACAGACAUAAUUUUUAUAAAUUGUAUAUAAAUACUAAGGCCUUCCAUAAGUGCUAAUAACAUUUGAUAAAGUAUAGUAUUAAAAGCUUCCCUGAACAAAGUAUUAGAAAUUAUGAAGCUAAUUUUAUAAAGUAAUUUAAAUAGCUACUAUAUAUACAUAUAUAUAUAUAUAUAUAAAGCGAGGAACUUAAAGUACACUUUUAUAAAUAGAUAAAAUAAUAACAAAUUAUAUUUAUAUAAUUCUAAUUAUAUAGAUCGAACAAUCUAUAAAUGUAAGAUGUCAAAGUAUAUUUUAUACAAAUAAUAUAGUUUGCCAAGU